GACUUGUUUCUCUUCUCAGAUUUGUUUGUCAAGCUGUGAGAGUGCAGCCGAAAGCCACAAUAAUGGCCUCUUACACUGCCUACAGUGGCUACAGCAAGCCACCUCAAUCUUACGCACCCUCUUACUACGAUGAGAAACAGGCCGCCGCGUAUGCAGAUUAUCAAGACUCUGUAUAUGAGGAAAAAAAGAGAAUUGAGAAGAAGGACCGCCGGAACGCCAUCUGUUGUGAGGUAGUAGCCCUUGUCAUUGGUUUCAUUGGACUAAUCGGGGUGGCAGCCGUGACAGGCCUGCCGAUGUGGAAGGUAACAGCCUUCAUCGGGGAGAACAUCAUUAUCAUGGAGACCCGCUGGGAGGGAUUAUGGAUGAACUGCUACAGACAAGCCAACAUCAGGAUGCAGUGUAAGGUGUACGAUUCCCUGCUGUUUCUGCCCCCGGAGCUCCAGGCUGCUAGGGGUCUGAUGUGCAGCUCCGUGGCUCUGACCACCUUCGCCCUCAUCGUUGCAGCAGUGGGGAUGAAGUGUACCAAAGUGGUGGACCAUCGCGCUCGCACCAAACAUGUUGUUCUUGUGGCUGGAGGCUGUCUGUUCCUCCUGGGCUGUGUCACUACCCUAAUCCCUGUGUCCUGGACCGGCCAUGUCAUCAUCAGGGAUUUCUACAACCCUCUGCUAAUUGAUGCCCAGCGUAGGGAGCUUGGGCAGGCUCUUUAUAUUGGCUGGGUGACCUCAGCCUUGCUUUUCACUGCUGGAGUGAUCCUGCUGUGCCGUCAUGCUCCCCGCACCCAGGAACCAGAUGAGAGGAUUGUGUACAACCCUGGGGGAAGUAUCUACCAGCCUGCAUACACAUACCAGCCAUACUCAUACCAGCCAGCUUACACCUACCAGCCUGCCUACUCUGCACCCCCACCAGGAUCUGUGGCUUAUACACCAACUCAGUACUAGUGAGGGAAAUCAAGCACAGAGACAAUUUUGGACAUUUGAGAAUAAUUUGACAAAUCUAACCAGACGCUAUCACUGGAAAUGGUCAAAUCUUUCAUUACUUUCUCAAAGAGGCCCAGGUGUAUUGCAGAGAUUGAAAUUCACUGUGAAAGUAACUGUGUUUUGAUCAUGAUGAACUGUGCUGAAUUACUGCCUGCUUUGUGUGUUCCCAUAUGCUUAUUUUACACUUAACUUUAUCAUUCACGUACAGUACAAUAAUAAUCUGUAAUAAUACAAUAGUUGUCUGUCACUGUCUUUACAGCCUCUGCUGACAUUCUCUCUGAGAACCAAUUAUGCACUAGACCUUUUUCAGGUAAUAUACCUCCACAUGAUUUAUGUUCACUGUUUAUUUUUUGUUGUAAAUGUACAUACUUUUUCAUAGUUAUGGCCUAAAUAUAAGGUCAGUUGUGGUUUCCAAUAAAGGGAUAAUGCUGAGAAAAAAGGAGAA